UGCAUGAGGAAAAAGCAGUGGGUAACUUUCGGGCUUGGAAGGAGUAAGGAUUUCCUAUGCAGACAUGUUUAGACAGACGCAGCCCCGUUCUUUUGCUUUGCACAUGGAGGCAUGCAGGUAGCCACAGAGGGUAAACACCAGCACUUACUGCUCUGUGUUCAACUGGCUCAACGAUGGGAGUGAAGGGCCUGCAGCACUUUGUGGAGAACCUGCCUGGUGCCUGCAUCCAGGUGGACCUGAGGGAAAUGGCAAAGCAGCACCAGAGGGCACACCCUGGCAGCGUCCCCCUGCUAGUCGUGGACGGGAUGGCGUGUUUAAGGUCCUGGUAUCGCUGCCAGGCCUGGGUGCAGGGCGGCCAGUGGAGGGAGUACCUGCACUACCUGGAGGAGUUUGUGGCAGCGUUCUCACAGGCGGGCAUCCGGCUGGUGUUCUUCUUUGACGGGGUGGUGGAGGAGGGCAAGCGGAGAGAGUGGGUUAAACGCAGGCUGAGGGUGAACGGGGAGAUUGCCCGUGUCUUCAAGCACAUAAAGGCCCAGGGGCGGCAGCCAGGCAGGGAGCUGUUCUGUCUGCCCUCAGGACUCGCCACCUUCUCCAUGUUCGCCCUCAAGUCCCUGGGGCAGGAGACCUGGAACUCAGUGCGAGAAGCAGACUACGAGAUCGCCAGCUACGCCCUCCGUCACAACUGCAUGGGCAUCCUGGGCCAGGACUCUGACUUUCUGAUUUUUGACACCGUCCCCUACCUGUCUGUCAGCAAACUGCGGCUAGACAAGAUGGUCACUCUGCUGUUCUCCAGAGAGAAGCUGUGCCACACCUUAAAUCUUCACAAGAGCCACCUCCCGCUCCUUGCUUGCCUCCUGGGUAAUGAUGUGGUCCCUGAGCACCAGCUCCAGAGACUGCACCAUGACUGUGUGGCUGAGUAUCGAUGGAAAUUCUCUUCAGCCGCCAUGCAGAGUGACAAGGUGUUUGCUGUGGCAGAGUACAUCAGGAGUAGAGCAGAGUCCGCAGGUGUGGCCCUGUCUUCAUCGUCAGAUGUAGACCAGGCUCUGCUGGAGAACGGAGUGCAGAGCUAUCUGCUUCCAGGUCAAAGUUCUCCUUGGAUGAAGUGUGAACUCCGUCCCUCUGAUUCAGUGUGGGAGAUGGAAAGGUAUUCCAGUCCUGAUAUAUUACAGGCAGCUAAAGAUAAGCACGUGAGAGUAGAGUGUUUCAUGGUUUACAAUGUUCUGCAUGAUGGUGUGGUGGAGUGCAGUAAUACACUAGAGGAUGAAACGGACACAGAACUCCCCCCUCAAGCCUUAAUGUAUCGCCCAGCUAGAGAACGCAUCUAUGGCAUUCUGUUACCAACACAACCAGAGUGCUCUGGUCCUGCAGUGAGGGAGUGGUUUGUCUACCCUGGAAACCUGCUUCAGGAGCCAGACUUGGUGCUUCCUGUGCUGUUGGAUAAACCAGAAGGAAAUCCAAAUUUAAAGGAUCUGUGGUUUGGGAGUAACCCAGAAGUGAGCAGUCUUCGUGCGUCCACCUUUUUUGCCGUCUUUGGCUUGCAGGAGUUUACAGUGAAGCUGCAGCAACUGGACACACCCUUGAUGGCUGUGGUUUGUCUUGUCAUUUACAUCACACUGCAGGACAGUCACCUUUCCGUGGAGGACGUAGAUGCAUAUCUCAGCCAGGCUGUAUGUGUUAGGAGCAAAUCUCACACAGAACUCCUCUGUCUCAGAGUCCCUCGCGUGGACUCCAGGGCCGUUCAGCUGGGCUCCCUCUUCGUGCGCGGUUUGACCGUUCUCAUCGCAGCCAGCAGUGCCUGCGGCUUCCCCUUCCGCUUGGACGACCUCAUGCCCUGGAGGACGUUUGACGGGCUGCUGUUCCACUCCAAGUACCUGCAGGCGCACAGCGGCACCCCUGCAGAAGAGCUGCUGGAGGGAAACGCGUCCUGGAUCGCGCUGUUCCAGAACCUGAAGGAGCUGGUCCUGGAGGUCUGUAAGAAGCAGGGCAAAACCAUACCGAGUGCACCGCGGGGAGGACUGGCAGGGAAACCAAUGGGUGGUGGAGACGAUCCGGCAAAGGGAAGACCCCAGCACUUCAAAGCUCCAGAGCAGUCUUUUCCUCUGCCCCAGCACUACAGACCCCAGAACAGUACUCCCAGAGCUGACAUGCAAGAACGUGGCUACAGGCCGAGGUCAAGGCAUCCUGGCAGACGGCAUCUUCGCCUGGCUCCUCGGUGGCCCCAGUAUCAAAGCCCUCAGCCCCACUGGCAUGGACACACAGAUCAGUGAUGUCACAGGCCUGGCAUCACCAGGAGCCAAACGUGAACGUGCGUGGUGAAAGUGUAGUCUGUCUCACUGAACUCCUGCUGUAGAAC